AUGAGCGACCGCGGGAGGGCUGGGGGCGUGCUGGUGGAGCCCCCAGCCGUGCAGACGGAACCACCACCGAUCAGCUACCUGUACACGCACCUCCAUGACAGCAUCCGCCUGGAGCUGGACAACUUGGGGCAGGCCGUGCUCCAGCUACAACAGACCGGCAACAGCGGCAGCGCGGGCCUGGGGGCAGAGCUGGCGGCCCUGCAGAACCGCUACCACUUCCUGGAGCAGGUGUACAAGUACCACAGCAGCGUGGUCUACCCCGCCCUGGACUCCAAAGUACGCAACGUCACGCUGGCUUACUCAGUAGAACACGAGGAUGAGGAGCAUCUGUUCGAGCAGCUGAACCAGCUGCUGAGCCGGGCCCUGGGGGAGCCCGAGGGGAAGGAGCAGCUGGCGGUCGUGCGCCUGCUGGCCCGCAAGGUGGAGGAGAUCCACACCACGCUGCGCAAGCACCUGCGCAAGGAGGAGGAGCAGCUGCUGCCGCUGCUGGUGGCCCACUUCAGCACCGCGGAGCAGGCCGAGCUGGUGGCUCAGUUCCUGUGCUCCAUCCCGCUGUCCACUGUGGAGCAAGUGCUGGGCUGGCUGAAGCAGCAGGUGCCGCAGGCGGAGCAGGCCAGGCUGCUGGUGCAGCUGCAGCAAGUGGUGGCGGACCGGCUGCUGCAGCAGCUGCUGCUGGCCUGGCUGGCGCCGCCAGAGGCAGCCGACGAGCCUAUGGCGGUGGAUGGGGAGGAGCGGCGGCAGGCGGGCGCCGCACCUCCUGCCGCCACGCGGCAGCAGGGGACGGGAGGCGGCGCGGCGGCGGCAGCGCCGGUGGCUGCCGACGGCGGCUGGCCCGGCGGCAGGCGCUUCUGCGGCGGGCAGGAGGAGUUUGAGUGCUGCCGAGAGGCCAGGGGCGGCACCAGGGGCGGGGGCGGAGCCGGGGCUCCGUGCGGCGGCAGCAGGGCAGCUGCCGGCGGCUGCCGGAUUGACCGAGACUUGGAGGAGGCGGGGCAAGUGCCCGGCAACAAGCCGCCGCUGAGGGAGAUCUACUACUUCCACCAGGCCAUCCGCUCCGCGCUGCACAGCUUCGCGGCAGAGGCGCGGGCGCUGCGGGCGGCCGAGGGCCGGGUCACCACCUCGCAGCUGUCGGCCCUGGUGGAGCGGCACCGCUUCAUCCGCGCCGUCUGCCGCUUCCACUCCGCCAGCGAGGACGAGAUUGUGUUCCCGGUGCUGCGCCGCGUGCGGGCCGCGGCCGCCGCGGCGCAGCCGGCGGCGGCGCAGCGCCAGCAGCACGACGGCUUGCAGCAGCAGCAGCAGCAGCAGGCGGGGGGUGGCGCCGGAGGCUCCACACCACGGCUGCAUGUGGAGGAUGACCAUGAUGAGGAGGGGGCUAAGCUGGAAGAGCUGGGCAGGUUGCUGGGCGCGGUCAAGGCGCAUGCCAGGCGCGGCGCCAAGGAGGUGGCUGCCCUGGUGUGCCAACUGUCUGAGGUGGCGGACAGCCUGGCCAAGACCAUGCACCGACACAUGGCUCGCGAGGAGGCAGAGGUGCUGCCCAUCCUCACGCGCUCAGUGUGCAUGGCGCAGCAGCGGCACAUGGUGUGGCGCAUCCUGCGCGCCAUGCCGCUGCGCCUUCUGGAGCGGGUGAUGCCCUGGGUGGCGGGGCGGCUGCGUGAGGAGGAUGUGCGGGAAUGGCUGGCCAACAUCCGGUCGGCGGCGCCGCGCCACGAGGCGCCGCUGGUGGAGCUGCUCUGCCAGUGGGCUCGGCGCGGCAAGCUGAUCAUGCCUGCCGCCGACGGCGCCGGCGGCACCUCUGCCAGCCGGCGACGCAGCCUGGACGACCCUUCCUUCUACCCCAAUCAGACCUGCGGCCCCGCCUCCUUCCUCAGCAGCAUGGCCAUCUCCCAGCAGCAGCAGCAGCAGCAGCGGGACGGCUCUGGAGACCUGGAGGCCGCUGCUGGCGACGACUCCCAGCAGCAGGUCGGGGCCGCGGCGGCGGCCACGGCAGCCGCGGCCCCGCCGCCGCAGCUCAAACGCAUCCGUACCGAGGCAGGCGGCGGCGCCGAGGGCGGCGCGCCGCUCGGCAGCGGCCUGCUGCCGCUCAGCCCGCACGGCGUGCUGCUUCCGGGGCUGAGCCCGCGGUUUGGCCGCGGCAGCGCGGGGUCUUCGCCCACCACCGACGACGGCUCUGCUGGGGCCACCAGGCCCAUCGACCACAUCUUCCAGUUCCACAAAGCCCUCAGGCGAGAGCUGCGGGAGAUUGAGGCCUCGGCCGUCGCCUUCCAGGCGGCCACAGAGGAGGCCACCGCCUGGGAGUUUGACGCGGCCAUCCAGGAGCUGGAGGCCAAGUUCCAGUUCCUGCGGGGCAUCUACCGCGCUCACAGCAAGGCCGAGGACGAGAUUGUGUUUCCGGCGCUGGAGGCCAAAGAGACGCUGCACAACGUCAGCCACGCGUACACGCUGGACCACAAGGAGGAGGAGCAGUACUUUGAUGAGCUGGCGGCGGUGCUGGCCCAGAUCAAAGCGGCCCGCGAGCUGCCCGAGCUGCGGCAGCACGCCGCCCAGCUGUCGCGCAUGGCCGAGGAGCAGGAGCUCUGGCCGCUGUUUGCCGAGCACUUCAGCAUUGCGGAGCAGGAGAGCCUGGUGGGCGUGAUCAUCGGCAACACGGGGGCAGAGGUGCUGACCACCAUGCUGUCCUGGGUGCAAGGCUCCAUGACUCUGGAUGAGCAGGAAGCCAUGAUCGCCUCCCUCAAAUCCGCCUCCAAAUCCACGGCCUUCGCGCAGUGGCUGGGCGCCGUGCGCAGCGGCCCCGGCGGCGGCGGCGGCGGCGGCAGCCCCCCCGCGGCCGCAGCAGCGGCCGCCGCGGCAGGCGGCGGCCUGGCCGCGGCCGCGGCCGGGGGCGGCGGGGAGGGCGCGGCCGCGGGCGGCGCCGCCGCAGGCGGCGGCGGCGGCGCCAGCCUGGCGCCCAGUCACCAGGAGGAGAUGGCGGCCACCCUGGCUGAGGUGGCAGAGUAUCUGGCGCGGCAGGGCAUCGCGGGGCCCGCCCCCGCAGACCCCACCAGCCUCGCCGCCGACAGCAGCAGCUUCAAGCCCGGCUGGGAGGACAUUUUCCGUAUGAACCAGAAGCAGCUGGAGGCGGCGAUACGGCGCGUGUCCAACGACCCGCACCUGGAGCCGCAGCGCAAGGCGUACCUGCGCCAGAACAUCAUGGCUUCUCAUUAUAUCGUUUCCCAGCAGCGCCGCAUGGGCAGCGUGGGCAGCGGCGGCAGCAGCUGCGCCGCCACGCCCACCGCGCUGGCGGCGGCGGGCGUGAGGGAUGGCAUGCGGCUGGCGGCGCCGGGCGGCGCGGGCGUCGUCGCCGCCGCCGUGGCCGCGCAGCAGGCGCAGCAGGCGCAGCGCGGCGACGCGGCACCCAUGCCAGAGCAGCAGCAGGCGCAGCAGGCGCGACCGGGGGGCUCGCCGGCGGCCUCCGCGGCGGCCGCCUCGGCCGCGGCGCAGCCCGCGGCGUCCCGCCGCCAGCCGGCGGUGCCGCGGUACCACGACGUCGGCGGCGGCGUGCUGGGCUGCAAGCACUACCGCCGCCGCUGCAUGCUGGUGGCGCCCUGCUGCGACACGCCGCACGUGGAUCGCUACGCCGUGUCAGAGAUGGUCUGCCUGGAGUGCGCCACGCGGCAGCCGGUGGCGGCCUCCUGCUCCGCCUGCGGCGCCUCCAUGGCCCGCUACUACUGCGCCAUCUGCCACCUCUUUGACGACCAGCCGGGGCGCUCCAUCUACCACUGCCCCUUCUGCAACUUCUGCCGCCAGGGGCGCGGCCUGGGCGUGGACUCCUUCCACUGCAUGGCCUGCAACGCCUGCAUGUCGCUGGAGCUGUUCAACAAGCACCGGUGCGUGGAGCAGAGCCUGGGCGGCAACUGCCCCGUCUGCAACGACCGCCUGUUUGAGUCCAAGCACCCCGUCAAGGAGUCCCCCUGCGGCCACUUCAUGCACUCCCACUGCUUUGCCGCCUACACCCGCUACGCCUACACCUGCCCCGUGUGCUUUAAGAGCCUGGGGGACAUGAGCGUGUACUGGAAGAUGAUAGACUCGCUGCUGGCGGCGGAGCGGCUUCCUCCCGAGUACGCCAGCCGGCGGCAGGCCAUCCUGUGCAACGACUGUGGGCAGACGGGGGAGGCCCCCUUCCAUUUUGUUUACCACAAGUGCCCCGCCUGCUGCUCCUUCAACACCCGCGUCGUCUGA